AUGGCGUCCCUUCAGCCGUUCGAUUUGACGGAGUUUCUGCAGCUGAAAGAGGCUGUGCGUCCCGAGCAAGCUGAAAAUGCCGCAGGGCAGACGGCCGCCGCGGUGCUCCCCGCGUCCGUGGCGGAAACAUGCCGCGCGAUGGCGGAGUGUUUGCGCGCAACAAGCGCGCUGAUCGUGCGCGACCCGCGGUGCGCGCAGGCGGACAACGACCGGUUUCUGGACAUGAUGGAGUCGUACUUCGCGCAGCCCAAGGCGACGAAGCUCGCGCACUCACGGCCGGAGCUGCACUACCAGUUGAAAGAGGCUGUACCCCCCGAGGGCGUGGAGAUGCCGCAGAGCGCGCUGGACGAGGCGGUGAAGGCGCGCAUGGCGCAGCUCCGCGCGCACAGCGGUGUGCUUCCCCUGACACCCGCAUCUCUCUGCCCUCUGUUUCCUGUGUGCCCGCCGUCCCCGCACCUCCGCUCCCAAUCCCCCACCCCGUUCGCUCGCUUGGGGACCCCUGCCCCUCUUCCCCCUCCUUCCCCCGCGCAGGUGGGAGUGACCCCCGAGGGCGUGGAGAUGCCGCAGAGCGCGCUGGACGACGCGGUGAAGGCGCGCAUGGCGCAGCUCCCCGCGGACAGCCGCCCCCACGCGCCCUCCGGGCCCGACUGCAAGUGGCGCUUCAUGUGGCGCGUCGGUCCCCGCCCAGCGCACACCAGAUAUCAGGUGAGAGCAGAGGAGAGUGGGGGAGGUCCCACGCGCACCAGAUAUCAGGAGCUGAACGCGAGUCCAGUGGUGCCGGAGGGGUUCCCUCAGUGGGCGUCGGUGAUGGAUGGGUGGGGAUGUAAAAUGACGGCUGCCGUGGAGGCUGUGGCGGAGAUGCUGGCAAUUGGAUUUGAUCUGCCACAGGACUCAUUCACCACUCGCAUGCACAUGGGCCCACACCUCCUCGCCCCCACAGGCAGCGACCUGGGAGAGCACGGCUCCCCUGGAACAGUCCUGGCGGGGUAUCAUGCAGAUCUCAACUUCCUCACCAUCCACGGACGGUGCAGAUUCCCCGGCCUCCGCAUCUGGCUGAGGGAUGGCACCUGCUGCCGUGUCUCGGUGCCUGACGACUGCCUGCUUCUGCAAGCAGGGAAACAGAUGGAGUGGCUGACGGGAGGAGAGGUAUCGGCGGGCAUGCAUGAGGUGGUGGUGGAUGAGGGCACAGUGGCGGCGGUGCAGAGAGCACAGCAGCAGGGAUGCAGCCUCUGGCGUGUCUCCAGUACGGUGUUUGCGCACAUUGCGUCGGAUGAGGUCCUCACGCCCAUUGGCCACUUUGCAACUAGCAAGCUGGCGCCUAGUUUUCCACCCAAGCCUGCUGGAGAGUUUGUGGAGGAGGAACUCGCAGCCAUUCAGUUGAAAACCACCAGUGGAGGUGGCUGA